UUCAGUUGCCGUGUCUGUAACGGGUGAACCUUUGGUUAUGAUAAGCGCUCGGCGUGUGGACUGGCACACGUAACAUGUCCCUUGAUCCGCUGUUAUUGUUUCGCAGCGCGCUUGGCACAUUUCUAAAGGGCCGACCCGAUCAGACCAGGAGUGAAAGCGUUUGAGGUACUUCUCAUUUGAUCUCGAACACAAUCGAUUGUCUUCUUUCCUUCUUCCCCCUCCACGCUCGACGCGCCUCAUAUACCUCCACCGAUUCAACUCGGAGGUUAUACAUUACGGUCUUUCCCUCAACUUUGGCUUAGACGUCACUCUUUCACUACAGCCACCAUGUUCAGGUCAUUCGGAGCUCGCAUCUUUGCCGGAAUAUUCGUAGUCGUAUUCCUAAUCGUCAUUUUCCGCAACGAAGAAUCCGCUGGCACGGCCCUACUCCCAUACCUUCCCGUACUUCCAUCUACCGGAUCCUCACAGCCUUCCUCACUACUACAGGCAUGGAUCAAAGACCGGUCUGCGCUGUCGGAGAAGUCAUGGAAAAACAGUGUUGAGCGACGCGACCAAAUGGCUAAGCAACAUCCGGACAACCCACAAAUCCCGUUCUUCCCUACAGACUUUUUGAAGUACCCAUACACUAUCUGGGAUUUCUUCCCCCCAACAUGGACAUGCCCUCAUGACGUUCAACGCGUGGGCCGUCUAGGUGAUGGAGGCAAAUGGGUCUGCGGAAUGAACGUUUACGAAAAGCUGCCAGCCCCAAAAGCCGUAGCAGCCAGCACAACUCAAGAAGCCGCCAUCACCACCGCACAGGAAGGCCUUGUAAUGUACAGUUUUGGUAUCAACGGCGAGUCGUCCUUCGAAGCUGAAAUGCUCGAUCGCGUACCCAGCGCCCGCAUCUGGGGCUACGACUUCUCUGUCGACGCGUGGGGACCACAAAUCGCAGUGAAAGACCGCCACCGCACCUUUUUUAAGAAGGUUGGGCUUGGAAAGGAGGAUGCACACUCGAGCGAUCCGCCAUUUUGGACCCUACCCAGCUUGAUGAAGCAAAACAACCACACCUACAUCGAUAUAUUGAAAAUCGACGUCGAGGGUAGCGAAUACGACGCCCUUGACACCAUGAUGGACGCUUUUGAUAACAUGAAGACCGCCUCUGGAAACUCUGUUUUACCCAUUGGUCAAGUCAUGAUCGAGCUCCAUCUCGGCGACGGCGUUCAUCUCCAGGACUCGAGCGGCGGCGGCAGCGUCAACUUCGGCCGCUUCAGGAAAUGGUGGGAGAGGCUUGAGCGCAUGGGCAUGCGACCUGUGUGGAUGGAGAUCAAUCUCUUUGCUGUUACACUCGGCAACACCAAGUCAGACCCGAGGUGUACGGAAUAUGUCUGGGUCAACGCCAAGGACCGGAGGAAUGUUCUCUGGAAUUUGUAGAGUAGUAACGAAAGGGCGAUACUACCUUGGUUUUGGGUGGCACUGCAGCAAAAUGGCGUUAUAGAAUGGUUGGGAUACAAUGAAGCGACACAUUAUUUCA